AACCUCAACUGAGGAUCGGAUGGAUUUCGGUGGAAACUGGAGCUGUGUCCGCAUGCCGAGAGGUAACCUAUACCUGUACAGUUUGAUCCGGAUACAGCAGUAAAUUGUAAAAAUGUCAAAGACAAUGGGCAGAUUGAAAAUGGCGAAGAAAGUGACCGCGAAAGUCGAUCAUUCGUCGAAAUUAAGAGUGAAUAUUCCCGCGGGUAUGGCCUCGGCUGCACCACCGCUCGGCUCUCAGCUCGGACAGAGGAAUAUUAAUAUCCAGAAUUUCUGUAAGGAUUUCAAUAAAAGGACAGCCGACAUGAAGGAGGGCAUCCCGCUGCCGUGUCGCAUAAAAGUGCACUCGGACAGGUCGUACGAUCUAGUGAUCCACAAGCCACCAGCGACGUAUUAUUUGAAACAAGCGGCUGGAAUACAAAAGGGAAAAAUGAAGACGGGCGAAAUCGCUGGUAAGAUAACUCUGAAACACCUGUACGAAAUCGCAAAGAUCAAGUCGGAGGAUCCACCGAAUGCAUUACUGAGUCUGGAGGACAUGACUAAGAUGAUGGUCGGCAUUGCCCGGACGUGCGGCAUCGAGAUUGUGCGCGAACUAGAUCCCGAAGAAUACAGGCAGUUCCUAAAGGAGAGGGAAGCGAAUGUUAAAGUGUAUCUGGAAGAACUCCAAGCAGCCAAGGAAAGCAAAUUACUGAGAACGAAUUAAUUUGAAUUGAAUAGUAACGACUCUUGUCCUGCGAGCAUUGUACAUAUAUAUAAUAUACAUAAUACUGCACGUUAACAAUAAAUUUGUUGUAUGCUUGA